AUGGAUUUUCUACCACCAUUCUCCUGGGAUACCCAUGUUCAUGUCUUCGAUCCCAUCAAAUACCCGUAUAUUCCAAACACUCGUUACAACCCUCCCGCUCGAAGUGUACAGGAUCUGGUGACAUCGACACCGACUAAAAACUUUAUCAUCGUCAUGUCCGGACCUGAAGGCACAGACACUGCACAGACCAUUGAUGCAAUUGAGCAGCUGGAGCGAGAUGGUCGAAACGCAAAGGGUGUGGUAGUCAUGGACAUCGAAAAAAUGACGAUCGAUAAUCUGCAGCGACUAAAUGAUGCUGGCGUGCGAUCAGUAAGAUUUAACACAAGACGAGAUGAGAUAACAACGCUGGACUCUAGUUUCGAAGAAGCCGUUCGAAGAAUUCACACCGCUGGAGUCAAGUGGAGCGUUGAGGCUGCUAUUUUCGACGUUGCACUCUGGUACAGGCUGGGCCCAACGCUCCGUAAGCUCCACGGAAAGUAUGGGACGAUAUUUAUAGCCGAUCAUGUCUUCGCUGCUCAGCCUUCCCAAUUAGAAUCUACUGAAUUCAAGUCACUUUUGGACCUUGUCGAGGAUGGCAUGGUCGUCGUGAAGAUCUCGGGAUUGACCCGGUAUGGACGAGAUGCAGUCACCAUGAUGCCGGUGGUCAAGGAAGUACUGAAGAGGAGAAAUGGUACAGGCUGUGUUUGGGGAAGUGAUUGGCCUCAUGUGAACUCCAGUCCUGGAGCUACGAAUUUGAUGGAAGUCGACAUAUUAGAGCAUUUGCGUUUAUUGAAAUGUGUAUGUGAUAAGUUGGGAAAUGGCACAUGGGAGAAGGUUAUGAGAGACAAUGCUGUUUCGGUGUAUAUUUAG